AUGUCGUUUAUUCCAAGCUUUUUCGUGUUACAAACCACCCCUACGAGUCCAUAUUUGAACUGCUCGGGUACAUCAGGCAACCUGCAGUUCGAUGGGGGUUUUUCGAGUCCAGGUUCCAUGUUUGCUGUAGAGCCAUCACAAAAAAACGGUAGCGGGAGAGUGCACAUAAGAUCCACCUUAAACAACAAGUAUUGGGUCCAACAUCAAAACAGGGACGGACUGUGGGUGAUUAGUGCAAUCGCAGAUGAACCGGUGGAUGACCCAUCUGAUCCCAAAUGCACCGUUUUCGGUUAUCAGCGCAGUAGCAUGCGGGAUACAGCAUACGCAUUCACUACAUUCGCCACCAGUAAUUUUAGAUUUGUAAGUCCGAAUGCGAAUCGCUUGACCGCAAUGGCGAGCGCGCCAUUUCUUUUCCAUUUGGUUGAUUGGGAAACGCUGGCGUUGCUUCCUUCUCAAAUCUCGUUAGUAUCCGUGGAUCGAAGAGACCACUGGGCUACCGCCUGGAUGUUGAGAAGAGUUAACUACCUUUGGUUCGAUACGGGGAGGGAUAUUGGAGACCUACGUGUCGCGUUAGAAGUCAGGCCUACUCUUGAAGCAUCAACCUAUCGUAUACUUAGCCUACAUUUUGGCAGGUUUCUGCGGAAUAAUGACUGGAUAGUGGUUGAUGCGGACAAUAACAACACCACCCCGGCCACCAUAUUCGGUGUUCUGAGCCUAGGCGGUGGGGAGUUCACUAUUCGCAGUUUGUCCAACAACCGUUUCUGCACUCCAAACGGGAACACCCCUUAUUUAAGAGCUAAUAAUCUAACAAUGACAAAUCAAACACGGUUCAGAAUUUUAGAGCGCGUCCUGGAAAGGACUAUCUCAGACAUCGAUUACCGGUUACAAGACGCAAGGAUUCAUCAGGUGCAGAACUUAGAGGUUACAACCGCUUUCGCAACAAAUAACACCAACACACCAGACCAAAUGGCUGUCACCUUUACGAUCGAAGACUCUCGCACCACUACUUUUAGGAGUACUCAUUCAGUCACCCUUAGCGUAACGACAACGUUGAACGUCACCAUUAUUCCAGUUAUUCUCACGGGGACAAUCGAAACAAGAGCUGAAUAUAACUUCACGCAAGAAUGGGAGGAGACAAGAACAAGAACCACUACGAGAUCACUGGAAUACAGAGUGAUGGUGCCGCCAUUCAGCAGACGAAGGGUGACACUCGUCUGUAGGGAGGCUUCUUGUGAUGUGCCUUACAACUACACGCAACAUGACCUUCUUCCCGACGGUAGACGGGUUAGUAUUCGCAAAGACGAUGGGGUUUUUCAUGGUGUCAACACCUUCGACUUUGACGUUGAAUCCUCAGAAGGCUUCGAAGAUGCCCUCGGGAGAAUGUAUGUGUAA